UAAAUUAAUAAAUUCAAAACGAAUUCACACAUCACAAACAUCCUUAUUUGUGGAAAAUGGAUCCAAAUAACGAAAAUUACUUAUACAAUAUGCUGAUGGAUCGCGAUGUCAAUUCGGAAGAACAAGUGGGGUCACCGGACAUGUUCGCAGAUGUUGAAGAAGAUCCAGUAAGCAGUGACGAAGACUGUGAAAAUAGUAAGUAUGCACUAAUCGUCAUAUUCAAACAAACUUCACAGAUCACAUCCGAAUUUUCAGGUCCACUAUUCACAAUUAGUGACCUGCAAAAUGAAGACACGAGCGACGAAAGUGACCCUGGCGAGGACGAUGAUGAAUCUGCUGACCCUGCCUUGGCGUCACCAGCACUCACUGCCGGUACUCCAUUUGGAUUGACGGGAUGCACUGCGCCUUGGCAAUGGCAAACUGAUCCGAAUUUUAAAGCAGAUGUUUCCGAUUUUGACGACACGAUAAGCGGUUGGACAAUUCCAUUUUCAAGAACAGAAACGGAACUGGACCUCUUCCUCAAACUAUUUACCAAAGAAAUUAGGCAAGAAGUGAUCCAACAAACCAACACGUAUGCGGACCAGACUGGAGAUUGCAGCACACGACGAUGGAGCAACUGGAGAGAGCUUGACGAGCAAGACUUAUUGAAACUAAUAGCUGUGCGAAUGCUGAUGGGAGUUACUAGACUUCCUGAAAUGAAGCAAUAUUGGUCUAGGGAUCCACUUCUACAAUAUCCCAUCAUUACGAGAAUUAUGAAGCAAGAUCGUUACUUCGAAAUAUUGAAGUAUUUACACUUUUCGGAUAAUACUCAGCCAAAUGGAGACAAAUUGCAAAAAAUGGGGAAGAUUUGGGACCUUUGUAUGCAGAACUUUCAAAAUACUCUCCGGGCUCACAAGAACAUAUCAAUCGAUGAAAGUCUCAUGCUCUAUAAAGGAAGAUUGUCCUUCAAGCAGUACAUACCAAGUAAGAGGUCGCGAUUUGGAGUCAAAAUUUUCUCUAUAGUGGACGAAACAACAGGAUUUGUACUAUUCAGCAUGAUCUAUAUUGGAAAGGAUGAUCGACUUCUUCCGGAUAUCAGAACGUUUGGAUACGGUGGUGCAAUAGUCCUUAAAUUACUGGAACCGUAUUUAAAUAAUGGUCAUCAUCUCUACUGUGACAAUUACUUCACAUCUCCCAAUUUGGCGAAAUAUCUAUUGGAGAGAACAACUUACAUAUGUGGAACACUUCGAAAGAAUAGGAAGCACACUGACCCACCACCAGUACGAGGUCCGAACAAAAUGAAACCAGGAGAAAUAAUCGUUAAAUCAUGUCAAGGAGUAAUGACAGAAUACUGGAGGGAUAAGAAGGUUGUCUCCAUGAUCUCCACAAGUCAUGACCAUUCAAUGGUAUCCGUUCCGCAGCGUUAUGGCGGAGGUGUAGUUAUGAAGCCCAAAACAGUGUUGGAUUAUAAUAAAUAUGCUCGAGGAACCGAUUACAGUGACAUGAUGAAGAAAUUUUACAACAUUCGUCGCAAAUCCAUGAAAUGGUAUAAAACUCUUUUCUUUUACUUGGUGGAUCUAUGUAUAUUCAACUCCUUCGUCAUUUUCAAGUCGAUACACCCAGGCACGAAGACCAAAUUUCUAUCAUUUCGGCUAAAUCUAAUUCGCCAAAUCAUUGGAUCAAUGCAACCAACACAAGCUAUUUGCGCAAUAAGUUCUUCUGGCCAACCAAACCGAUUAACGGAGCGUCAGUUUUUGGAAUACAACCCAUCAACUAAGUCUCGACAGCAUGGCGGACGUAUUUGUCACGUUUGUGCCAAUAAACAACAAGCCGGACCCCCAAAUACUAAGAAACCACGGAAAGAGACCGUUUUCCAGUGCAAGCGUGUAAGGUUGCUCUGUGUCCAACUGCGUGCUUUGAAUUGUACCACACUGUUCAAAACUUUUAAUUCUUGUUAUCUUAAAUGUUAAAUUUUAAAGUGUUAUAUUGUGGUCGUCAUAAUUCUCAUAAGUUAUGGAAUUUUGCUUUACAAUGUCAAAUUGUUAAAUGUUGAUAUUCAUUAUUUUAAAUACAUGUCGUUUAUUGACGUUGUCCCGCA